AUGAUGGUCUUCCUUGUGAUGAAAUGGUGUUUGCAGAGUCGAUGUCGUGAUGGAUCGUCACCCGCCGUGGAAGUCACACGAACAGCUCCACGGCUCCUGAUGCGCGUAACCCUGAUUCUCGCCUUGGAUGCUGAUGGCAUCGCUGUCUCCAACGAGCUAGAUCUUAGUCACUAUGUGGACACUCGGCUCUCAAAAAACGAUGCAUACAUCGAAUGCCCAUCUACUUGCACGAAACUAGAGGUACGACUCCGCCUGCCUACGGCACACCCACCCUACAAAGAUCCCUGCCCUACUCUACGUCAACAGCCGGUGCAUCUACAGCAGAUCAAGAUACGACAUUUAGCAUUUUCGAGCGACGUGUAUCACGAUUCUACAGCUGGAGGUUCGAGAGAUGAAUUCGGUAGAGUCGUUUCCGAGUAUGCCGGCACAGUCUUCAAGCUACGUACGCCCGAUGGGACGGCUGGCAUCUACUCCUGA